GCGCCCGCGGAGCCCGGCGGCCUCCGGGGGAGCGGAGCAGCCCCGCGGCCCGGAGGAGCCGCCUGCCCUCGGCAGGGCCCGGCGCGGCGGGAGCGGUGCCGCCGUUGGGAGGGAGCGGGGCGGGGCUGCGGGGCUCGGGGGCUGCGGGCGCUGCCGGUCACGGAGCGGCGUCGUGCGGACACUUUCUGCGUGUGACAGGGAUCCCUCCUUUGGUGCAGCCCAAUCAGAGAGUUCUUUAAAUACAGCCCAGCAGUGGUGACACACAACGAACAAGCUUAGACUGGAGGAGGGGAGAUGAUGGCCUUGGAUGGACCGCAGAAAAGCAUCAGCAACCCGAUCAUUCCAUAUGUUGGGACAAUACUUGGUGGCCUUGUUCCUGGAGAGCUGAUUGUCAUACAUGGGACUGUUCCUGAUGAUGCAGACAGAUUCCAGGUGGAUUUACAGUGUGGCAGCAGCAUAAAGCCCCGAGCUGAUGUGGCAUUUCAUUUCAACCCCCGCUUCAAAAGGUCUGGCUGCAUUGUUUGCAACACACUGGAGAGGGAAAAAUGGGGCUGGGAAGAGAUCACUUACGAGAUGCCGUUUCAAAAAGGGAAGUCAUUUGAGAUUGUAAUCAUGAUUUUAAAGGAUAAAUUCCAGGUGACUGUAAACAAGAAGCACUUGCUGCUCUACAACCACAGAAUUAGCCUGGAAAGAAUAGAUACUCUUGGGAUAUAUGGCAAAGUGCAUAUCAAAACUAUAGAUUUUGUUUCUAAUUCUUUACAAGGCUCUCAGCCAUCAUCUCUAGGAGUAACAAAGAUAAACACAGAAAAUGGGGAAGUGCCAGAUGGUUCACAAUUUGGAGUUCCUUAUGUUGGGAAGCUUGAUACUGCACUUCGUCCGGGAUGCACAGUUGCCGUUAAAGGAGAAGUGAAUAAAAACCCGAAGAGCUUUGCAAUAAAUCUGAAAUCGAGUGACUCAAAGGACAUUGUACUACAUCUGAAUCCCCGAAUGAAAAGUAAAGAUUUUGUAAGGAACUCGUACCUUCAUGACAGCUGGGGAGAAGAAGAAAGGGAAAUUGCUGACUUCCCUUUCAGUCCAGGGAUGUACUUUGAGCUGAUCAUUUUUUGUGAUGCCCACCAGUUCAAAGUUGCUGUUAAUGGAGUUCACACUCUGGAGUACAAGCACCGUUUCAAACAAUUUGAAAAGAUCAACAUAGUGGAAAUCAUAGGAGAUGUUAAAUUGUUAGAUGUGAGGAGCUGGUAGUUCUUUUCAGUCAGUACUAAAAUAAUUAAACCUUUUCUAAUGACAGUGCCUCCUUGUCAAGUACAAACAGGUGCUGCUGACUCAUGCUGAGCCUGCCUUUACCUAUCUAGGCUUCUGUGUCUGCCUCUCUGAGUUAGGUGAGCACCAGACCUGCUAACUGUGAAAUUAAAUCCUCUAGUUGAUACCAUCCUGGCAAGCUAGACCUGUGUUUGCUCAGAUAAAUCUCCUGCAAUACUGAAUGUGGCAAUAUGAAAAUGCUGCAGCAUGCUAUCGCACAUGUACUGUGUAUACAUGUCAAUACAUGCCUGAGGAAUGUUCCUAUUCAACAGCUGCUAGAAAAAUGAAGCAAAUUAAAGAGUAAGAUGUACCCUAAAAGACUGUUUAAGAUAAAUUACCAGCGAUGAUGUAAGUAUACAAAGCAUAAAUAAAUAAAAAUAUUCUUGACCUUCUUGA